AUGCUUGCCUCAGCGGCCUCCUUCUCUGCGUCUUCCCGCCGCUCGCUGGCUGUGGGCUUCCAGCACGUACUCGCCGUGAUCGCCAAGAGGAACGCUGCGCUACGGCUCACUGCCGCCGAACUCUCUGAGGAGCUCGACGCCGAGCUGGCCAUCACAUCUGCCGCUAUCUCGCGCUCGCUUAACAGCGUUUUCCUGGACUCGGACCCGUACUCGCACGACGCUGUCAUGCUGAUCGACGCUGCUCCUCCAACUCCCGCCAUCGAUACCAUGCCCGCCGUCUGCCUUUCAGCGGGCACAGCUGCUCGCCGUCGCCGUCGUGUCGCGUACUCGUUGGCGCCGUCAUCGCGAAGCAUCCCCAAUGGGGCGGACGUCUGUUCGUGGCAGGAAGCGUUGUCGCCUAUGCCACCUGUCCACAGAGACCCAAUCGACGCGACCAAUAGCCUCCACCGCCAUGCUCACUCUGCCUCGACCGUGGCUUCAUUGUCAUCUGCCGGCUCAUCAGACUCUUCGACAUUUUACUCGACCGCGAACUCGAUCACUACGGCCGACUCUUCCACUUCGUCUCUGCUGGCGCAUCGGGACUUUGCGACGAGUCUGUUCUCUCUCCGUUCUCGUCCAAAGGACUACCCAACCUCUCGUCUCGCUGUUGUGGUUGAUGUUGAAGUCCAGACUGUGGCUGAUUUUACGCUACAGGACCAGACUUUCUGA